ACAUUUCGAGUCAUUUGUAAAGUGAAGCGCGUGAAAGUUGUACCUCAUCGUUGGAAGAUCGUAAUUCGUCCGCAAAAGUGUAAAAACAGAAGAAUUUCUUUAAAAUAAAAAGAGAGAAUAAAUAAAACGAGUUUAAUAAAAACAAAAGAACCAAAUCAUAAAAAGGGCUUAUCUUGUAAUCCAUCAACAGCCUUAAAAAAAUAUUUUGAAACUACAAUCAUACGUUAAAACAGUGUCGUGACCCAGUUCAAGUUUGAAAUUUCAAAAAUCAUUGGUCAAACGGUACUCAAACUCGGCGCCAGCUAAAGUGAAAUUAUUUUUUAAAGAAGGAGUAGCCAUAAACCAACGUCCAUCACAUUCAAUAUUUACAUAUUUAGUCGAUUUUUUUUUUCGAAGACUUUCGCUGUAAUUUUUGGGUGUUUUUAUUAUCUUUUGAGUACGUUGGAUUUUUAUUUUACGCUUACGAAGAAAGCCGGGAGCUGUUCAAUGUUUGGCGUUUAACCAUUUGCUCUCAAAUCGAACAAAGGCUUUCUUUGAAACUCAUAGGAAACUUUUACUUUCAUCUCUCUGACUCUCUUUGUUAUUGUGAGUGGUAUCGAAUAAUUUGGAGAAAAUGUUCAAAAUCGUGCUAAUUGUUCUUACGUCAUUGCUAUGCUGUUCCACGGUGCGGGCUCAACAACCCUAUUACCUACAGCAGUGUCCCCGCGAUGAACAAUACAUUAACGAAUGUUUACGUGACAGUGGCAACAAAUUGGUGCAUUUCCUGAGACAAGGCAUACCAGAAUUGGAAAUUUAUGAGAUCGAACCCGUUGAUAUCGAUGAAAUUGGCAUAGCGCUGGGCUCAGGGCCCGAUGGUUAUAGGGCGCUGUUCCGCAAUAUUCAGGCAUUCGGUGUUAGCAAUAUGACGGUGACCAAUGUGAGAUCCGAUUUGGAAUCAUUGCAAUUCCAAAUGACCUGUGAGAUACCACGCAUCAAGGUUAGAGCACAAUAUCGCUCAAGCGGUGUUUUAAUUUUGGUCAAAGCAUCUGGUGCCGGUGAAUACUGGGGCGAAUAUGAGGGUGUCAAAGCGAAAAUCUAUUUCAAGGCCCAACCCCAUGAGGGGCAAGAUGGUCGCACUUAUUUGACCACUGAAAUGGUGAAAAUGGAUUUCAAUGUCAAGGACAUACAAAUGGGUGUGGACAAUAUAGCCAAUGGCAAUGCGGUUAUACAGGCUGCCUUGAAUUUGUUCAUCAAUUCCAAUGCCCAAGAGCUACUGAAGGAAAUGAAACCAGCUCUGCGCACCAAACUCACCUUGGUCAUAAGAAAUUUCAUGGAUCGCAUAUUUACCAAAAUACCCUUGGAUCAAUGGAUUAAUUUGAAUUAAUUUCGAGAGAGAGAGAGAGA